AUGGCGACUACAGAAUAUAAUUCAACGACUUCAUCUGAAAAUCAAUUAAAAUUUCACGAAGGAGAUAACAAAACUCCUUUAUUAAUUAUCGGAGGGAUUGCAAUUGGGUCAAUGGUAUUACAUCUAUUACUCACUUUCAUAAUAAGAAAAGUUGCAAAGAAGACGGGAUGGGUAUUUGAUAAUGAAGUGAUCAAGAAUUGUUCGAUACCGACAUUUUUUAUUUUUCCGGUAGCAUCCAUAUUGAUAACCUUGUCAUUUAUAUCGACAACCGUAGAUCCGACGAUCAUGGAUCCGAUAAAGCACGCAUUGGAUAUAAUAUUAAUCUUAUUUUCAACAUGGGCAGCGAUAGGACUUGUUAAAGCCACCUCGAUAGCCAUAUCAACAAAUAAUGAUUUCAUCAAAUCAUCAAAUAGUGUUCAAUCACGUAAAUUACACACUCAAUUUGUAGUUACGAUAAGGUGUAUUUAUGGGUUAAUAUUUUGUAUAGGUGCCGCUUCAAUUCUUUUAUCAUUCCCUAGAGCAUGGGAACUUGGUGCGAGUUUAUUGGCAAGUGCGAGUGUGGUUGCGUUAUUUAUUGGUUUGGCUGCUAAACCUUCUAUGGAAAAUUUGGUCGCUUCUUUACAAAUUGCUUUAACGCAACCUCUCUUGCUUGAUGAUUACAUUAAGAUCGAUGGACACGAGGGGGUCGUUGAAGAAAUUCAAGCUCAAUAUAUCGUAGUUAAAACUUCUGAUGAACGACGUAUUAUAAUCCCUUUAUCCCGCAUUAUUAAUGGUGUGUUUGAGAAUUAUACAAAGGUGAAUGAAAACAUGGGAAUGAGUUUUGAGUUUUACGUUGAUUAUGGUGUACCUUUGGAUGACUUGAAACAAUAUUAUCAAUCUAUUUUGCAAAAAUCGGAAUAUUGGGAUCAUCGUGAUGGUGCCAUAUCUAUUAAAGAAUGUCUAGAAAAUUGUAUGGUAUUAAAAGCUUCCAUGACUGCUGUUAAUGUUAAAAUGGGUUCUAAAUUAAAAGGGGAACUUCGUGAAAAAUUGUUGGAAUAUAUUAUAACAACAUAUCCGGAAUAUUUACCACGUACACGCCACCUGAAUGUGGAAAAGCGUAGUGGUACUGAUAGUAUGAAGAGGAUCAUUACUAAAAUGGAAGAUGCAAAAUUAGAAGAUAUCUCUAAUGAAAUAAGCGAAAAGAAACAUUUCAUUUUACAAGAAAAGGAAUAA